AUGUCCACUGAGUCCAUUCGUCAAUUCAUACAAUCCCAAAUCGAUGAAAUGAAUCAAUCCUCAAACAAAUGCACACUUCGAUUAGCUGGGACUAUUUGUAUAGUGGUUGUACCAGCCUUCCUUUGUUUACUUUUUGGAUUGCUUUCAAUUGUUAUGACAUAUUCUGAUAGUGAGUGGGGCUACUGGAAAAAGUGGCCUUUUAUUGGUAUCUCGAUAGGAAUGUUUGUUUGUACAUGUACCAUGUUGGUGGUUGCUCUUCUAGACAGAAGAAGAUUUUUGCGUCAGCCCAAGGAAAAAGAAUUAAAGGAAAAAGAGAAUUAUAAUAAUCAUCAUUAUGCUGUGUCAGUCACUACUAAUUUACCACCACAACCACUUCUAAAUCAGCCUCAUCCAAUGGUUUGUGAGCCUAUUCAACCAAAUGCACCACCAUACAUGCAAUCUCACUGGCAAGACAAGUAA